UGUCACUUUAAGCAGUCUUAUUGUAGUUUAUUUAUAUAGUAUUUAUAUUUGUAUUUAUUGUUAUUGAUUAAUUUAAUAACUAAAUGGCAUGCCACAAGUUGCCAACAAUUCGAGAAAUAGUUCCGGAAGGUGCCGAAGAACAGUCUAUUGAAGACGAAUUAACGGAUUCUAACAUUAAAUUGCAAUACAUUAGCGCUACCUUCGGCGUAGAGGAAGCGGAAGGCGAGUUGCACGAAGAGAUACAUAAAUACGAAGACGAACCGUCGUGUAAUGUAUCAGAAUGUAAAAGUCAAUCGGAAGACCAACUAGCAAGCAUUAAUUGCAUACGCUAUGCGGACAAGGAGGCAUUCGCCAAUUACGUAGUCGAAAGUACUCUUCGAUUAACGGCUAAGAAGAUGUACGAAUUGGAAUGUUGCAAAUUCGAGGAUUAUCCGUGCAGUUUGGACUCGGAUAUUUUCGGAAUUAAAUUCUGCAAACCGUUCUACCCUGUAAUGAAACAAAACGGUCUUGAGGACGUACUAUUCUACUUCAAAUGGCCCAGUGUUGGCGAGUUUACUCCUAGACUAGGAGGCAAGAAAAUUUUAGAAUUCAUGGCCAGUUGGUAUACAAGAGAAAAGUGGUACUACUGCUUAGAAAGUAUCGGUUAUGAACGAAGCGGCUUGAAAAAUUUGUUUUAUUACAAGAGCACAUGGUCCUUAUCAACAAAACCGUAUCCCGUGCCUCAAGUUACGGCUUCUAUAUUUUUUACUAUUGUCAUCGAGGACAGCAUUCCGCUAUGUUGUCCCGUAAAAGUAACCUACAAAAUAGAAGGAUCUUCUCUUGAACACGUUCCGGGAAGAAUAAUAUUUCGGGAACGGUGGCUUUUAGAUUUACUUCAAGCAAAAAAGAAAAUUCUGAAAAGGAUCAAAUUCUAACGAGUUAUUUUAAGUUUUGUGUUAUUAUUCUUGUAUUGCGUAUAAAUAUACAUUUUUUUAACGUAA